CACGUCGGCUGUCUGGCAGAAGAAGUGUUUAGUUGUCAGACGGUGGGGGGAGGGCUUUCGUGAGUGUGGGAUAAGCCGGAAGUAAUUGGUAGUGCUGAGGUUAUGGGCAGUGCUCGGCAUGUAGUACUCUUCCUGGAACCAUUGUAGUAUAUUAAUGAUAAGUGUGGUACGACGCUAACCUGACAAGAAAAGGGCUCAGCCAUAAUGCCCUGUGCUUAUGAAGGUGUUAUUGGAGGGAAUAGUCUUCUGUGACAACCACACUAACAAGUUCAUUCGUUCUGUUUUCCUGCCUGUGUGCUGUUGUCAAUAGUCAUGGGACCGACAGUGCUUUUUAUUCAUCCAGACCUAGGAAUUGGUGGCGCUGAGAGAUUGGUUGUAGAUGCAGCUCUGGCCUUGAAAUCUCGUGGUUGUAAAAUACAGGUGUGGACAGCUCAUUAUGACACCAACCACUGUUUUUCGGAGACCCUGGACUCUGGAAUUUCCAUUAGAUGUUGUGGAGACUGGCUUCCUCGCAGUAUUUUUGGGAAAUGUUUUGCACUUUGUGCUUACAUUCGCAUGAUAUUUCUGGCUUUUUAUAUAGUAUUCCUCAGCGGGGAGCAGUUUGAUGUGGUGUUCUGUGACCAGGUAUCUGCAUGCAUUCCUGUUUUCAAACUGGCUAGAAACAAAAAACCUGUUUUAUUUUAUUGCCAUUUUCCCGAUCAGCUCCUUACUCAGAGGAUGUCAUUAAUUAAGAAAGUCUACAGAGCUCCCAUUGACUGGUUAGAAGAGAAGACCACUGGCAUGGCCGACUGCAUUGUAGUCAACAGUCAUUUCACUGCUAAAAUAUUCCAAGAAACCUUUUCUACAUUAUCUCAUAUACAGCCAGACGUCUUGUAUCCAUCAUUAAAUAUUAGCAACUUUGAAUGCAGCAAUUUUGAUGGUCUCAGUGAACUUGUUCCAGUGGGCAGAGAAAUCGUUUUUCUCUCAAUCAAUAGAUAUGAGCGGAAGAAAAAUCUUACCCUUGCACUUGAAUCCUUAUGUGUUCUACAUGCUAAACUGAAUUCUGUGGACUGGGAAAAGAUUCAUCUCAUCCUAGCUGGAGGUUAUGAUGAGAGAGUUCUGGAGAAUAUUGAAUAUUAUCAAGAGCUGAAAAACUUUGCAGAAAAAUAUGAAAUUGGUAAUCAUGUUACUUUUCUAAGAUCAUUUUCUGACAAGCAAAAGCUUAACCUGCUUCAUAAUUGUACAUGCAUCUUAUACACUCCCAGUAAUGAACAUUUUGGAAUUGUUCCAGUCGAGUCUAUGUACAUGCACUGCCCAGUAAUAGCUGUCAAUUCAGGUGGGCCUCUUGAAUCAGUUGUAAAUAAUGUGACAGGUUUUUUGUGCCCCCCUCUUGCGGAAGCAUUUGCUGAUGCCAUGGAAAAAUUUGUUAGAAACCCUUCUCUUAAAGCAACCAUGGGAAAGUCUGGACAUGCAAGAGUUUUGGAAAAUUUUUCCUCUGAAGCUUUUACUGAUCAGAUCUAUCGUUAUAUUUGUAAACUAACUGAAUAUAAAUAAUUUAUAUACAAGUUAUUUUGUUACUGAACAGGGUUAAAUCAAAGUCUGUAUUGCUGUA